AUGAAUCGACAGCCCACGUCCCAGUCUUCUCGUCGCUCGGCUCCUCGUCGGAACUCUAGUGGUUUCUACCGCCCUGGCAGGCGCGAUCGCGACCAGAAUGCUGACCAACGCCACUCAACAAAUCCUGACCACGACCAUGAUCGCGAUCAUGACCCGCCAAAUCAACAUCAAAAUACAAGCGUUUCUGAGCAGAACCGGCCUCGGCAGGAUUCGCCCCAGAAGCAAUGGCGUGAGCAGGCUCAGUCGAGUGCCGAUUUCCAAGGCAACGAGACGGACCAGGACAAGGCGGAGCUUGCAACGCUGCACCGCCAGCUGUGCAACACAAUCGCUGACAAUGUGAGGUGGACCAACAAGAAAGAGACAGAGGCCAGAGGCUUCCAGCGCAGGGAAGAGAAUUUUAAGAAGCCUGGGAGCAGUCAUUUUCCAGCUCUCGCCGAGUCGUUGCGUAGAGAGCAGAUUCAGUUCCGACGGCAACAGGACGUUUUCGAUGAGGAGAUUGCCAAGACCGAGGCACUGCUUGACAAGGUCUCAGACAACUUCUGCCAACGUCUGGCCAAGGCCCAGCUUAUUGACAAGAGCAAGGCCCGCCAGUACAUUGAGAUCGCCAAGGAGGAGCUGGCCAACGCCGAGAAGUCAACGAUAGCGCCAGAAGCUGCGGACCGGAUUCAGAAGUUAGAAGAGCAGUUUGCUUCGGUCCAGGAGACACAGGACGCACAGAAACACUGUCUGGACGAACUGCGGCAGGAGAAUGAGAGGUUGCGCGCCCGUGAGGCGCUGUAUGAGUCACAGGCCGGUGAGCUGGCAACUCUGAAGACGCAAUGCGCACAAUUGCAGCGCCAGUUCGACUCCCAGGCGGAGGCUCAGCUGUCUGCACUCGAUGCGUUGAACCGAACAAAGGAGAGCUUUGCAGACGAAGUCUCCCAGCUUCGAGACCAGUUUGCCACGUUCGUGCAGCGGGUGGCUACCCAGCAUACCGAAGCUACCGAUUCUUUCCAGCAAUAUGCCUGCUCGCAGGAUUCCAAAGCCGCCAAGCAUGCAGCAUCAUGGGAGGAAAGAAUGACGAAAGUGGAACGUCGAGUCGACGAGCAUGGCAAACAGAUUGCCAGCUUCGAUAUGAAAGCGCACCACGAAGCUCUGCAGAAGUCGUUGGCCUACCCGCCCUGGACCGCCUUGGACGAUCGACUCCGGCAGCUGAGUGCUGUCGAUGAACAGGGCCGCCGGGGUGUGGAGGAACAGUUCGGCAAGCUGACGGAUAUGGUCAUUGAAACUAUGCGUAAUUUCAUCAGCAAGGCAUCGACAGAGGCAUCUGACCUAAAGAAGCGCGUUCAAGCCGUAGAGACACAGGCUGCGGCCCCGCCAAGGGCUCCUUUGGUUGUCGGGGCAGCAUCAUCCCACCCAAAUAGUCCUGCUGCAGAGCCAGGAGCUAUCACACAGCGUAUUGAGGCUACGGAGACGGCGGUCUCGAGCCUCGAGAGUGCCAGCACCACGUUACGCAACGACCUAGAGGUGUUGCGGAAAGCUUAUGACACCAGGCUCAAGGCCAAUGAGCAGAUGAUUCUCAACUUGGAUGGGCAGUGGCAGAACAUGUCCACUGUGGACAUGGCGCAUCUCAUCAUGCAACAUUUCAAUAAGCUAUCCGCGACCAUAAACCCGGCGGAGAUGAAAAGAUUGUGCGAUAGGCUGGCCAACCUUGAGACGUGGCGGACGGACAUAACGCAGCACCGUGAGAAGGUAAAGAACUGGGCAAGAGAAACUGAAGCGAAGCGAGAAACUUUCGGAAAACGUGGUUCCGUGAACAACGACCCCUUGGAACGAACAAGAAAGCGCCAGAGAGUGGAGGAUGUGAGCGGAGCAGCCACUGGCCUCGCCGCACAGCAAGCUUCUCCAGCUUGA